UUUUUCAUGGAGGGCAUAGCUAGUGCACUAAGAACUGAGAUGAUUGAGUAUAACAUAAAAGUCACCUGCAUUCAACCUGGCGAUGUAAAAACUGAAUUAUUACAUAGGACUAGUGAUUUUGAGGCUCUAAAGCGAUAUGACUGCAGCUCUAAUAAUGAAAUUCUUGAGCCAUCAAAUAUCGCAGAAGCUGUUUUAUUUGCAGUUACACAACCAUCAUUUUGUGCUGUCAAUGAAAUUCUAAUUGAACCAAAAAUGCUACCAAUUUAAAUAUUUAAUAUCACAAGUAAAUCACAUAUAGUACAAAAAAAAAAAUGUAUUCUAAUUUUA